GACGUCGAACGUUUUGAUGCAAGCGAGUCCUGAUUUAGUCCAGCAAUUUCUGGAGAAUCCCGGAAUGCCACCAAGAAGAGACUCAUUGUCCACAAGACCUGGACAUUAAGGGGCUCAAAUUACUAAUCUUCUGUGCCUUUUGAUUUAGAUGUUCAUCUUCUAGGAGAUCGCAUGUUCAAGCGCUGUAUGCUCCGCUUCAAAGGUCAUUUUGAGCGGAGGUUAGUUUCUUCUGCUUCCUUCUUGGGUUCAUUCCGGAGAAAUGAACGCAAGAAAUGAAUUGUUUUCUCGAUAUUGGGCACACUACUACUACUACUUCUACGACUACUACUUGGGCUCAUCAUCUAAGGACAGUCGACUGGAGUAUCAACUGGGGGUUUACUCCAGAUGCCUUUCGCGCCACCGGUUCGAAUGAGCAGUGCUCAGAGCAUCUCUAGCGGGAGGUUAGCUGGUGGUCCUGGGUUUUCUGCGAGCGUUUCGACUGCUAGUGCUGCUCCUGGGUUUUCCGCGGCCUUACCCACUGCAUCAGGUAUAAGUACACAAACCAAUCAUGGGGCGGUAGGUGGCGGAGUGGCUUCUCUAGGACAUGGUAUGUCAAACAGUCCCGGUUUGCAGCGCGUCGCGGUUGCUGGAGGGUCCUCGUCAAGUCGGAGCACAGAAGGUGUCAAUACAUAGGAUCAUCAUACUUAUGCUGUUCUUGACACUCACACGUCCAGUCUGAUUAGCGUACAGAGGAACGAGCCCAAUAAGGUAGCACCAUGCACCUGAUAUGUUUUUUUUUUGAAAUAUGUCUAUUUCAGGACCAUCAAAUUCCGGUUUCGCAAACGCACCUGGAAGACCGACUAAUGGGUCAGCGCCGAAUGGUGCAGGAACUACGCCUUCAGCAGGUCGACCAGAGCGAGGACAGCAGCAAGCCUUCGCCCGAUCGUCAGGACGUCGAAACUCGCUUUCUGUGAAGAGUACUCUCCCACCUAGGAGCGGCAGUUUCGCUCAGCAGGACUUUGCCAAUGUGAGCACGGCUUCGACAGGCUCUUCAGCAGCACCACGUGUCAGGAAGAAACGGCCAAGCUCGGUCGCUCCCUCUGGUUCCGGAGGCACUGCUUCAUCUAAUGGCAAUAGUUUUUCUGGCACAGCUAGGAGUGUCCAUGGCCACCAACUACCGUAUAAGGAUGGUGGAGGAGGUCAACAUGCUCCUGCCGCGGCUAUAACGACUCGGCACACAACAAGAGCGACUAUGAAUGGCGCGCCACACGUCGUCUCUUUGGAAGACCAUCCGGGAGCACGACUAAAUCGGAAAACUGCUACAUCAUUCAGCCAUCAAAGUUCAAGUCCUGGAGAGCUGCAGUCAGGUGCGCACCCCUCCAGUAGUUCCUCCUCUUCCUCGUCGUCGUCCACGUUUGGGUUGACAAGUGGUCAACAACAUCAUUUCUCAUCAACCACAUCAGCAAUAUCAGCAACUCAACAUACCAGCGCCCAACUACCGUCAACUUCUUCGGAACGAGAACGGAAACUCGAGAAUGCCUUGUUGAACAAGGAAACACAGAGGCGACAAGAACGGGAAAUAGCGAGUUCUAAAAUCCAGCAUCUGGAAGCUAGAAAUCAACUGUUGAACGAGCAAUUAGAUUGGUACCGUAGGGAGACUGGACGUGGGAUCCCGGAAAAUUUUGAACUCUUGUUAUGAGCCUUUGGUAUGGGUAGUAGUGGUAGUAGUUGUAGUGUAUCGUCCGUUGCCUUAUGUGGUUUCGAGCUUCUCGUUCUCUUGAUGAUUGGGACGAGAGGGGUGAGAAGUUGGCGUCCUAGGAAAAAAAACAACGCAGAUUGUUGUGCGAGUAGUAACUGCAUGAAGUACACAUUUAAUACCUACUUUGCAGGUCAUAGGCUCGGGCGUGCUGGUUUUUUCCUCGCCUUUCUUUCCUCACGCAUCCUUUCGUUCUCCUCCGUCACUUGGAUUUUAUAGUCCCUUCGCCUUGCAUAUCCAUGUCCACCAAUAAUGCUGCUCAUACUAAUCAGUUUGUUCCUGUUGUCGUGGAUCUGAAUUUCUAACCCUGAAUUUCUAACUUCGUAUGCCAAGAAGCCUCCGUUGUAUACUGGGUUUUCGAGUAGUUCCUGUGGUUCUUCUCUAUCGGGUAGCGGCUUCAACAGUAAAGCGACUAGCAAGACGAGCAGCGCCGGUUUUCAGGAACAAGUGAAAAUCUCCUCUCCACCACAUUCCUCCUCGUCUAACGGUCCGUUUAACGGUACAACGUCUGGUGCUGCCCUAGCUUCAGUUAAGGAUCGUUCUAGGAAGAAACAGUGAAUACAGUGUGAGGUUUCCUUGGGUCGUUGUAGUAGCAUGAAAGAGUUGGUCAUUUGGUGUGAGGUUUCCUUGGGUCGUUUUAGUAGCAUGAAAGAGUUGGAAAUUUGGUGUGAGGUUUCCUGUCACCCCAUUCAACGGAGAACGCAAGGAAGAGAAGAAUCCUAGCUACGAGGUUCGUCGUGACAUCCUAGUCAUUAUACCUUGUGCAAUGAUAGUUUUUUUGAUUAUCUAAGGUUCACAAGUAGUUUAUCACCGAACAAGAGUAUAUAUAUUAGCCUCGUGCUUUCUGUUGAUGAACAUUACCUAACACCAUGAAAAUUGACAUCUACUUGUUUCCUUAAAAUACGGAUUACUAAUCGCAUGUACUUUAUAUUACCUCGCUCUAAAUACAUAUGCCUGGUUUUUGUUUUUUCCUAGUUAGGUCUGCUCCACUACAUAUAUUACCUCGCUCUAAAUAUUCCACCACCAAUAAUUGUUCCAAGAACAACGUGUCGCUUGAAGCCACACCGACGGGAUGCAGUGAGGACGAUCCUAUGGUGGUUGCGGGCUUACGCCGUGAACUAGAGGCCGCACGAGCAAGGAUAGCUGAAUUACAACAGGGGGAACAAGUAGGAAGAGCGGUAGCUUCGUUAAGGCUACAACGAAUCCAUCCUUCCUCCAAGCAUCUUCUUGUUCCAGUUCCGCAAGGGGAAAUAACGGGAGCAACGGGCACCAAGAUGCUCAGCAAGAUGAGUUUAGUCCCCAAGGUCUAACUUCUUCAGCAGGAUCCUCGCAUGGUGGUGUGACACAAGACGCCGCUCAACAGGAGGAUGAUCGAUCGCGCCGAGUGAAUAAGCUGCGACAAUUGGACAAAAAAGCUCGUUCUCUGAAGCGGCAUUUCGAGCAGCUGAAACAGGAAAUCGCGGUGUUUCUGCGGGAGAUGAAGCCCCGUUUGCGCGGCUCUUUAGAUCCGGUAGCGCGCUUAGCCAGGCUCCUGCAGGAUUAUAGAGCCCGUUUUCUCAAAGUUGAGGCUUCGUUGCUUCUUCUAGCAGUCAUCUUGAAUCACUUAUCACGUCGCUCAAAAACAAUGUUAAGUAUCAAUGUCUUACUACGUGAUCGCUACCUAAAUUUCUAAGACGGAAUGUACGGAACGAAGACGGUUGCAUAAUUUGUUGCAGGAGGUUAGAGGAAACAUCCGCGUUUUCUGUCGUGUCCGACCUUCUUUGCCCACUGACGGUACUCGCGCAGCCUCUGCAGAAUCUUCGGCGGACGAACAGACGGAUGACGGAGUUGUUUUAUGAAAAGGAGAUAGAUUUUUUUGACAUGAAAAAAAGAUUUAAAAUCUUCGUCUCAUCUUCUAUCGGAUUAGCUACUAAAACAUACAUCGAUCUACAAACAUCUAUCUUAGCUAUGAUCACCUACCUAAAGGAGCGAUCAAAGAAAAGCAGUAACUUGCAAUCGGUAGAUUGAAAAAAGUAGGCUCUUCAGCGGACUCCUCUAACCACGUCAAAUGCCAACGGUACAGCCUCCUUCGUGCACAUUCCGGAGUUAUGGUUACAGCUUUUCCUUACAUUCUGAGUGCAUAGAAAAGAGCGUACUGCAAUAGAAAAGAGGAUCCAGCAGCAGGAAGCUCUAGCACAGAUUGCCCAACACACGACACAGUCAAUGAACUAUAGCAGAUGUCGUGAGAUAAAAAAGUACAAAAGCCCCGCCUCAUCAUGACACAUCAUGACAGACAAAGCGUGUACGUGACCUCGUCUAGGAUGUCUACUACACCGCCUAUCUUUGUGUUCCUAAUGAUGAUUAUUUCUUCCAGCAUCAGACUUCUUUCAUCUUUGCAAUAGCACUAAAUCUUUCUUGAAGAUAUUCUAAGGUCUACAAUCUAAAUAAUAAAUAAUAAUCUCUAACACGCGAUACAGUCGAUGAAAUCGGGUUGUACAAUGACUACAACGGCAGUAAUAAGGUGUGGCAAUUUGAUCGGGUUUUCGGAGACCGAAGUACCAACGCAGACGUCUUUCGGGAAGUGAAAGAGCUAGUUACAAGCACCAUGGAUGGGUAUAUUACGAAAAUGUUGACUAGUUGCACUUUGGGUUACUUUAAAACAUCCGAUGACUAGAAGUAUUUUAAUGACUAGAAGUAUUUUAAAAGGUGAAGUUGUACCCUGGAGGGGUAAGCAUGCAUAUUGAGUAGAGGUAAAUCUAAAUGUUGACUGGGAAAUCUUAGGCAGCUCGCCGAAUAGAUUCAAUUCAUCAAAUCUAAAUGUUGACUACCAUGAGAAAGCACCUCAUCAGAUCUCAGAUAGCAUGCUAAGCUUUCCAGGUGUUUACUCGAAAUCGAAUUACAAUGUCCUGUGUAAAAGAUUCUCAUUCUUCUACUACGAUAACAAUAGCUGUGGCAAGUCAUUCUAUCUAAGUACAACAAUGUGCGUACUUCUUGUACUAAAAAAUCUUCAAUAUAAAUAUAUCUAAAUACAACGUGUGCAUCUUUGCCUAUGGUCCCACGGGUAGUGGCAAAACGUAUAGCAUGGCAGGCACCGAAAAGGAUCCUGGAAUUUUCAUUCGCACAUUCGAUGAGCUUUUCCGAGUACAAGAAGCUAGAAAAGACACAAAUUGGACGUACUACUUCCUUGUUUACAACGUAGAGGAAGAUAACAUUCUUUCAUUGAUACUAGUGAAUGUAGUUACGAGCAGAGUGACGUUUUCAUGACCUACUUGCGCGCAUCAAAGAGCAAGCUGAAAAUCUAGUACACAGGGCACUGUAUGCAAGGUGUUUACAACAAGGGAUAUCUAUGAUGUAGAGGAAGAUAACAUUCUUUCAUUGAUAGUGAAUGUAGUUACGAGCAGAACCGAUUUCUACUGCCUUAUCCUCAUCCUGGUUCGACGCAAUCACUAAACUGCAGUAGGAAAAAAAUAGCACGUUUCUUUUCUAAGUUUCUUAAGUCACGAAAGACAGCAAGCAUCUAAUUAAAGGACGUCCAAACACCUCUUGUUAGGCACAUUCAUUCAUUCAUUCAUUCAUUCAUUCACUCAGGUACGAGAUAGCACUCGGCAUAUUGGAAGUGUAUAACGAGGAAUUGAGGGAUUUGUUGUGUGCCUCAGGGCCAACGAAGCGUAGUAUCCGCCUGGAUCCAGAGAACAAUGCGCCUUGCGUCCCCCACUUGACACUCCGGUAAGCUUUAGACGACCACUUUUUCUGGAUUAAUAACCUAUGCUUUAGACCACUUUUAUCUGGAUGAAAAAUUCUUAAGAGGUCGAAUGUACGACUUCUCCGAUAGUUGUAGACUUGUGGCCGAUUGUACGGUCUUAUGCGCCCCCAGUAUGUGACUUGCUAGAAUUAUGUAAUUGUUUGAAAGGGAGGCAGCAUCUAGUCCUAAAUCAAAAAAAAAAAUUGGACUGAGGACCAGGGCGACAUACAGGGAGACCCAAACUGAAUGAAUGAAUGAAUGUCUUUGAAUUUAGAAAGAGAUGCGGUUGCUUCUUUGAACAAUACGCAGACGUGCGGUCCUCGUAGCUUUAUUGUUUUUGACUUGAUACAUACCAUAAUGUUACUGCCAGUUAAAACUAAAGUUCAGUGUAGUUUUGUCCCUUCGAAGAACAACAACAGUCCCCUCAUGCAUGUCCCCUGAAGCAACAGCAGUCCCCUGAAACAACAAUAGUCCUGUCCCCUUCUUAUAGGGUCGAGGUUUAGGUCCAGCGGCGCUCAAAGCACUAAAAAAACAACCGGUUAGUUUUUACCUCUAAACCCUAGGUUUAUCCCAUGGAGCAACAAUAGUCCUGUCCCCUGAAACUACAGCCCUGUGUCUUGUCAACAAUAGUCCUGUCCCCUGAAACUACAGCCCUGUGUCUUGUCUUGCGGAAGUACAGCGAGCGCUCGAAGUCGGAGAGGGAGCGCGCAAAACAGGUUGCACGAACCUCAAUGA